AUGACGUCCAAGAUCCGUCACGAGUGGUCAGUUCUCGCACCCCUCGCAUCGCACAGGAGGCAGCUGGAAGCAUAGGAGCACCCACACCCAGCCCCAGCCUCAUACUCCAGCAGCUGACCUCUUGUAUACUCAGGUACCAAACCACCACCGAGAUCGUGCUGUCCGUCUUUAUCCGCAACGUCAACUCGGAGCAGCUCAAGGUCGAUCUCCAACCGCGUUCGGUCAGUCCAGUCGCAAGCUCCGAUUGGGUUUCGUAUACUCUCACGUGUGGAACUCACCCUCUUCAGCGUCUUAACGAACUUCUUGGACCACCAGGUCUCAUUGUCGAUCCCGCUCGCAACCGGAUCCGACGUCGUCUUUGACCUCGAUCCUUUGGCGCACGAAAUUGACGCUCAAGCCUCCUCUGUCCGCGUUCUGACGCCCAAGAUUGAACUCAAGUUGAUCAAGAAGGAACCGGGCAUCAAGUGGGACAAGAUCGAAGGCGAUGACGAUCACGCGACGACGACGAUGGGUGAGUGAAGGCCAAGUUCAAAGCGGAAAAAGCCUGCACCCAGCCCUUUGCUUAUGGACCCAUGUCGAUCUCAUUCGAUACGACGACUUGCCUGUAGGAGCCCCCGUCGAGUCAACACCGACGCAUUCUUACCCUUCCUCAUCCAAGAAGAAGAUCACCAACUGGGACGCGUUCGUCAAGACGGCCGAAGAGGAAGAAUCCGCUCAAGCGCACCAAGAAGGCGCCAAGAAAGACCCCAACGCCGGUGGGGACAAGGCCUUGAACGAGAUGUUCCAAAAAUUGUACGAGGGUGCUACGGACGAUCAGCGCAGGGCUAUGAUCAAGAGUUAUCAGGAGAGCAAUGGAACGGCCUUGAGCACCGAUUGGAGCGACGUUUCCAAGGUAGGCUACUGUGGAGAGAGGUAUCGGCCCACAGGGAUCGCCUCUCGAGCUCACAGUGACUCUUCUACUCGCUCCUACAGCGCACGGUCGAGACCAAGCCUCCAGAUGUGAGUUUGACGAUGGCAUCUGGAACUGGAGUCCACGCGCAUGCUGACCGCACCCAUCUCCGCACAGUCCAUGAUCGCCAAGAAGUGGGGGCAAUGA